AUGACUGAAAUCGAGCAACAAUACAUGGAGACCUCGGAAAACGGCCACGAAGUCGAUGACUUUAAUGGAGGCGGCCAGGCCGGGGAAAACGCCUGCGGUGAAGCAGGGCCCGACGACAAUUCGCGAAACGGCGGCACGGAAGGGGGCCAAAUAGACGCAAGCAAAGGCGAAGAAGAUGCAGGGAAAAUGUUUGUCGGUGGCCUUAGCUGGGACACAACCAAGAAGGAUCUUAAAGAUUAUUUCUCCAAGUUUGGCGAAGUGUCGGACUGCACGAUCAAAAUUGACCAGCAGACGGGCCGAUCACGAGGCUUCGGUUUUAUUCUUUUCAAAGAUUCAGCCAGUGUAGACAAGGUUCUGGAACAAAAGGAACAUAGGCUCGAUGGGCGACAGAUUGACCCUAAGAAGGCUAUGGCCAUGAAGAAGGAUCCAAUCAAGAAAAUAUUUGUUGGGGGGCUUAACCCAGACACGGCGAAGCAGGUCAUCGAGGACUACUUCAAAGCAUAUGGAGAGAUUGAGACGAUCGAGCUGCCCCAAGAUCCAAAGACUGAGAAGAGGAGGGGUUUUGUAUUCAUCACCUUUCAAGAGGAGGCUCCUGUGAAGAAAAUCUUGGAGAAAAAGUUCCACAACGUUGGUGGAAGCACAUGCGAAAUCAAAAUAGCCCAACCCAAAGAGGUCUACCAGCAGCAGCAGUUUAACGCCCGCGGAUAUGGUGGCGGAGCACGUGGCGGCAGGGCCCGUGGAGGUAUGCACGCGUCACGGACUGGAGAAGGCUCGCCAGGCGGGGGCCAAAACUGGAAUCAAGGCGGCGGAUACAACAACUACUGGGGGGGCCAAGGUGGUUACAACCAGAACUAUGGAGGCUACGGGCAGCAAAGCUAUGGAGGCUAUGGCGGCUACGGCGGCUAUGACUACUCAGCCGGUGGUUAUUACGGCUAUGGGGGUGGCUACGAUUACAGCCAUGGCAAUUCAAGCUAUGGGAAAACUCCAAGACGUGGCCACCCGAGUAGCUACAAGCCAUACUGA